UUUAUACAUAAAGCAUCGCUCCUGAACUUCCAAACAUAAAAUUGCAUCAUGAAAACCCAGAUAAAUUCCCGUACACACCAAGGAAAAACAAUCCUAGUUCUUCCGCUGUAACUAAGAUUGUCGGCAAAUUAUAAGCCAAUGAUCAUUGGACGUCAAUUCUUUAUAGUUUUGUGUUUUCCCCACUUUCACGUCAGACGUAAUAUGGCAGAGAUUUGUAUAUACGCUUUGCAAUAACCGAUGCGAUUAAGAUCUUUGUAGCAGAGUAGAGGUAUUAUGGAGGAGAGCAGUAAUAAGUGGAAAGGUCUAUCACUUCCUGGCGUAGGCCUGUUGAACAACAUACGUCAAAAGGCUACAGACUUCAUCUGGCGUCCUCCAAAACCACCUUCACAAGAUAUACAAACCUUAAAAAGACUACAAAGAGAAGCUUUUGCAGAGUUGAAGAAAAUGAGAGAUAAAGUAGAGAUGAUUGAGAAACAGUUCUCUUGUUUUUUAUCUAAUACUCAGGGAAGUUUGGCAGGGGGAACCAAAACCCAACUUAAAGGGGAAGUCAAAGCAGGUGGAGCAUUUGUAAUGAUGCAAAAUGAGAGCAGCCAGGAAGCCUAUUCUUUACUGGAGCAAGCAAGGAUGAAGAUUGGAACAGAAGUGAAAUUUACUUUUGAGACAUUUUUCAGGGAGAGAGACCUCCUUGUAACAGAAUGCACUGCAGGCCAAAGCUGCUUGAGCACUGGUGAUGUUUUUGGGGGUCCACUUACCUUAGGAAAAGUUCUUUAUUCUGCAAGUAUCAGUGAUUACUUGUCAUUGUCUAUCGUUCCACUAGGAGCCAAGGGGACGGAUACAACCACAAUUCUUAAUCCUUUGCAGGACCAAGCUCUCACAGGAUUUUUUGCUACUGGGCCAGAACUUUUUAGACAUUGUCAAGGGUCUGCUCUUGGAGCUACAAUCAAGGGACCAAACCUUUCUUUUUCCAUUGGAAAGUAUCUUUCUGGUUGGGGAGAUAUAUCACGGGUCUCAUCAUCGCAUGGCUUUUCAGAGGCUGAAGUUAGUCCUCUUUGUUUGAGUACCAUUGGACAACUAUUGUUCCAACCCUCAGAAGGCAUCAAAUUUGCAUGUUCUGGUUUAAAUAGAUAUUGGCCCAGUCCUUGUUCCUCUUCAAGGGUCUUUAAGUGGAGUGAAAUUGGCCCACUUAUUCUUUCCAACAUUCAUUUGAAAGGUUUCAAGAGCUGUGGUAGUUCAUCUAGUUCAUUUUUAACUCAACCUCCAGGCUUAGCAGACAAUUCCAAUUCUAAGGGGAUUUCAACACAGUCAGUUGCUUUCUCAGUAGAUGCAGAGUUCAGUGAGGGUAUGCGAAUUGGUGGGUGGUUACAAAUGGAAAGGGAAGGUUGGUUGCAGGAAGCAGGUAGAAAGUCCUUACAGUGGGCUCUUUGCCUUUCAGGAUUUCCUGAGGAUGGUUUAUGCUGGGGUAUAAAUAUAGGCCAAUCAAGGCAAGAUCCAUUCAGCAUGCGUAGGAGCAAGGAGAUGAAUUAUCAUCCUGAUGAGCUUCCACAAAUUCAACUGGAGGCUUUUCUCAAGAUUGACUGUGGAAAAGGUUUUACUCUGCAACCGGGAUUAGUGCAUGUGACAAAUAGAAAUGCCCAAAUACCUGCACUAAUGCUUAGGUUCACUUGGUCUCUAUGAUGUCAUCUUUGUCACUUUGGUUUAUGAUAUAAAGACAGACAUUUGUUAUCCAAUUAAAAGAUUUCCUCUUGCCCCCAAUUUUGUGGCUUCACUUGGAUCUUCGGUAGCUUAUCAAUUCUUUUGAUUUUGGCUUAA